GUUACUACUUCACGGGAACAGACACUUAUGACAUCAAGUGGAGUAUGCCCCAUUGUGUGCUGACUUUGCGGCUCAUAGCACUCACCUAUGAUGUAUAUGAUGGCACAAAAGAUCCAGAAAAAUUAUCAAAUGACCAGAAAAAAACAGCUUUGAGUAUUAGACCAAGCUUACUUGAAGUUGCUGCACAUACAUAUUUCCCUGCCUCUUUUAUGGUGGGGCCACAGUUCUCCAUGAGACGUUACCUGGACUUUGUUAAUGGAACUCUUCUUGGUAGUGCACGUCCUCCAUGUCUCCUACCAGGCUUACUUCGUGGAGGAUUAGGGUUGAUUUAUCUGGCUGUAUAUCAAGUCGGCAUUAGCUACUUGCCAGAUUCAUAUAUCAACUCAUCUGAAUAUAAUGACUCUAGUAUCUGGAGGCGGCAUGUUGUAGUGGGAAUCUGGGCCAAAAUCACCCUUUACAAGUACAUCUCUUGCUGGUUAAUUGCUGAGGGAGUUUGCAUUAUGUCAG